UAGUCCGUAGUGUUGUCACCAAAUUAAUACAUUAUAUUGAUGAGUAGGAGUAGUAAUAUACACAGAGAGUCAAUGAGGGCCACUACUCCAAUUUUUGCUCUUAUGCUAUUCUUCCUCCUCCUCCUCCCAAAAUCUCUAUCAAAGAAUAAUUAUGGGACCUCUGUCCCAAAAUCUGAUGUUGAUCUCUUGGAAUUUCCUUUAAAUCUUGAGUUUUUUGAAGCUGAAUUCUUCUUGUAUGGAGCAUUGGGUUAUGGUUUGGACAAAGUUGCUCCAAAAUUAACCAAAGGGGGCCCACCACCCAUUGGUGCUACAAAGGCCAAUUUAGAUACUCUCACUAAAGAUGUCAUCUUGCAAUUUGGAUUGCAAGAAGUAGGACACUUGAGGGCUAUUCAAAAAACAGUUAAAGGGUUCCCAAGACCACUAUUGAAUUUAAGUUCAUCAUCAUUUGCAAAUGUAAUAGAUAGUGCAUUUGGGAGAAAGCUAAGGCCUCCCUUUAAUCCUUACAAAAAUAGCAUUAAUUUUCUUAUAGCAUCAUAUGUGAUUCCUUAUGUUGGACUCACUGGCUAUGUUGGAACAAACCCAAAUCUCAAUGGAACUACUUCCAAAAGACUUGUAGCAGGUCUUUUGGGUGUGGAAUCCGGCCAAGAUGCUGUGAUUAGAGCAAUGCUAUAUGAGCGUAGGAAGAUGAUAGUGAAGCCAUAUAACAUAAAUGUGGCAGAGUUCACAAAUCAAAUUUCUAAGCUAAGGAACAAGUUGGGAAAAGUAGGUUUGAAAGACGAAGGGCUUAUGGUACCAACAUCUCUAGGCGCUGAGGGAAGAGUUUCUGGAAAUGUGCUCUCUGCAAACCAAGACUCGCUUUCUUAUGGAAGGACACCAAUGGAGAUACUUAGAAUUGUUUAUGGAAGUGGUAAUGAACAUGUGCCUGGUGGUUUCUAUCCCAACGGGGGUAAUGGUCGCAUUGCUAAGUCUUAUUUGGAUCAUCAUGAUGUCUAAUAUUAAUUUUAUAUAAAUUUAAAUAUUACAAUUUCCCUCUAAAAAUUUAUCUACCUAACCAUUUUCAAUCUCUCUAGCUCUAGAAGUAACCCUAAAGUCUCCCUUUUCAUAACCUUUUCUCCUAGUUGUCAUAGCUGAAGUUUCUUGUUGUUAUUGUGUUGUUAUGGUUAAGAGAGGGGAAGAAUAUUUUUCCAAAUUAAUAUUUUUCAAGCUUGUCUCUACCUUUGGUGUUGUAAUUUUUCCAUUAGAUCUCACUUGAUGUUGUCCUAUAUAUAUGGUUAUUAAAUAAUGUGUUUUUUGUUAUGUUUUUCA